AUGAUCCGCCGGUCUUCGCUAGUUUCCAUCAAGUCUUUCAGAUCUUUGUCGACCUCUGGCUUGUUGGCCAAGGAAAUCAAGGUAAUCUUUUCUAUUUUAAUUAGAAAUGUUUGGAAUUGUGAUUUUAAGAAUAUUUUUGACCAAGAACGGCGAUUUUUUUAUUUGCUUUUGGAAAAGAACGCGUUUUUGAAGGGUUUUAACUCCAGAAACAAGUAGUUUAUGCUUUCAAAAGGUGUAUUUAAUAAAAUGUACGGUUAAAUUAAAAUGUCAAUUUGUUAGUAAAAUAGGUAAUAUUGUUAUCUUCAGGAGGCUUUAAUCUUGGGAGCUGUGAGAACUCCAGUUGGAUCUUUCCGUUCGGCUUUGGCUCCAUUAUCGGCUCCAGAAUUGGGAGCAAUUGCUAUUAAAGGAGUACUAGAGAAGACCAAGGUACCAGCUGAACAGGUCCAGGAAAUUUUCUUUGGAAAUGUGCUACAAGCUGGAGUUGGCCAAGCGCCAGCCAGGCAAGCUGUCUUGAAAGCAGGUAAUCUAAAUUAUUUAAGUUCUUGUGAAAUGUGGAAAUACACUUUACACAAGGUAGUACCAACAAUAUUAUUCUAGGUUUGUCACCAUCAACCGCCGUAACCACAGUCAACAAAGUCUGCGCUUCUGGAUUGAAGUCGAUCAUGUUGGCGGCUCAGCAGAUUCAGCUAGAUCAUCAACAAGUUUGUAUUGGGGGAGGCAUGGAAAGUAUGAGUAACGCUCCCUUUUACCUCAACAGAAACGACCCACCGUACGGAGGAUUCAAGGCCGAGGACAGUAUUCUGAAGGACGGUCUUACUGAUGCCUUCGAAGGUAUACAUAUGGGUAAUUGUGGAGAAAAGACGUCCAGAGAACAGAAUAUUUCGAGAGAAGCUCAAGAUGAGUUUGCGAUCAGAAGUUACAAACUGGCAGCUGAGUCUUGGGACAAGGGAGUCUACAAUGAGGAAGUGAUUCCAGUCACGAUUAAGUCGAGAAAGGGAGAGGUUGUCGUGUCGAAGGACGAAGAGUACCUCAAGGUCAACUUUGACAAGCUGAAGACGUUGAGAACGGUGUUCCAAAAGGGUAAGGGUUGUGUUUAGUAGAUAUAUGACAUAUUAUGAUGAGUAUGGUUAACUGCAUCUUGUUUUUGUGUUUUACUUUUAAGAAGUCGAAUAUUUGUUUGGGUUUUCCUACAAAAGUGUAUUAAAAUGAAAUCAUUUUGCAGAAAACGGUCACAUUACGGCAGGAAACGCCCCAAGCAUCAACGAUGGAGCAUGUGCUGUAUUGUUGUCAUCAGCUGAGAAGGCGGCUGAAUUCGGAGUGAAACCCUUGGCCAAAGUGGUAACUUACGGUGAUGCUGCCCUCUCUCCCUUGGACUUUGCUUUAGCCCCAGGACACGUGAUUCCAAAGGUAGAGUUGGACUUUUACUCUCUUAACUUACUCUUUGUGUGACAUUCUUUCCUACCGUGUUUGUAGAGUUAAACUACGUCAUCUUUUCGAAUUUUAAAUUAUUUUUAGUUUGUUUUGCUACUAAUUUGGAUUUACCUAGGAAAUUGCAAAAAUAAAUCAUUUUUGGGAUAGAUAUUAAUGGAUAACGUAAUCUUCAUUGUGUUCUUUAAAGUAAUUGUUAAUCAAACUGAUAGUAAUUGUCACGUUUAGAUGCUGAAACAAGCCGGUCUGAGCAUAGAGGACAUUUCUUUGUUUGAAAUCAACGAAGCCUUCUCGGUGGUGGCAUUGGCUACGAUCAAGAACCUUGGAUUGGACAUCAACAAGGUCAAUGUUCACGGUGGUGCUGUUGCUCUUGGUCAUCCCAUUGGGUAUGUUACUUUCAUUUAUGUUAAUAAUGGUAUUAUAAGUCGGUUUUUCUAUUUUAAAAUAGAAGUUUUGUCACAAAAGGUUGAUUAAAUAUUUUAAAAAAUUUAUUUUACAGUAAUAUGUGAUGUUACUCUUUGAUUCACAGUGCUUUGGCCUAUUUUUGUACCUUAAAAUGCAUAUAUUUUUGAGUUUUACGUGUCUGCAAUUCAAUUUCCUUCGAAUUUGUAGUUUUAAAAUUGAGUUUUCUUGCAAAUGUUCUUUUUUCAGAAUGUCAGGUGCUCGCAUCCUCACCCAUCUUGUACACAACCUCAAGACCGGCCAAUUUGGAGCCGCGGCCAUCUGCAACGGUGGCGGUGGCGCCAGCGGAAUGAUCAUCCAGAAACUAUAG